AUGAAGUACGUCCUUGUCAGUGGUGGUGUCAUUUCCGGCAUCGGAAAGGGCAUCAUUGCCAGUUCGACGGGCUUGUUGCUUAAGACUAUGGGUCUGAAGGUGACAAGCAUUAAGAUCGACCCGUAUCUGAACGUCGAUGCUGGCACGAUGGCCCCGACCGAGCACGGUGAAUGCUUUGUGCUCGACGAUGGAGGAGAGGUUGAUUUGGAUCUUGGCAACUAUGAGCGCUACCUCAACAUCACCCUCACGCGAGAAAGCAGCAUCACGACGGGCAAGAUCUACCAGCAUGUCAUCGAGCGAGAACGACGUGGCGACUACCUAGGCAAGACUGUGCAGGUCGUCCCUCACAUUACAAACGGAAUCCAGGACUGGAUUGAGCGCGUUGCAAGGCAACCUGUGGAUGACACGCAUGAAGAGCCAGACGUCUGCAUAAUUGAACUGGGUGGCACGGUGGGUGAUAUCGAAAGCGCGCCUUUCAUCGAGGCCAUGCGUCAAUUACGGAGAAGAGCCGGUCGAGACAAUUUCAUUCAGAUCCACGUCUCGCUGGUCCCCGUAGUUGAGGGUGAACAAAAGACCAAACCAACACAACAAGCAAUUCGAGAGGUGCAGUCACGGGGCUUGUCGCCGGAUCUGAUUGCAUGCCGAUGCUUGGAGCCUCUUAUCGAGGCCACCACCAACAAGAUCGCCAUGUUCUGCCAGGUAGAGCCAAGCCAGGUGAUUGGUGUGCACAACGUUGAUUCCACCUACCACGUUCCCAUGCUCCUGGAGCAACAGGGGCUCGUCUUACAGCUUCGCGAAAUGUUCCGCCUUGAUAACUUGGCACUUGCCCCGGCGCUGGUCGCAAAAGGAGACAAGAUUUGGCACGAUUGGAAAACCCUGACGUCCUCGCAGAGUCGACGAAUGCACCUGGACGAAGUCAACAUUGCCUUGGUUGGCAAGUACACCAAUCUUCACGACUCGUACCUGUCGGUGAUCAAGUCUCUUGAGCACUCUGCAAUGGCCUGCAACCGAAAGCUGAACCUAAUCUGGAUCGACGCCAGCAACCUCGAGAAGGCCACAAUGGAAUCCUCUGCCGAGUCAUACCACAAGGCAUGGCACGACCUGUGCACGGCCGAUGGUGUGUUGGUGCCCGGAGGAUUCGGCCGUCGAGGAACAGAAGGCAUGAUCGCAGCUGCGAACUGGGCCCGCACAAAGCCCAAACCGUACCUUGGAAUCUGCCUCGGGAUGCAGCUGGCCGUCAUCGAGUACGCGCGGAAUGUAUGCGGGCUGGAACAUGCCGGCUCCGUCGAGCUGGACGAACGGCCUCAGGAUCCCGUGGUCAUCUUCAUGCCCGAGAUCGACAAGGCCACCAUGGGCGGGAACAUGCGCCUCGGUGUCCGCGCGACCAAUUUCCAAGAGAACACCGAAUGGUCCAAACUGCGAAAGCUGUACGGCAACCAACCGUCGAUCCACGAACGGCACCGGCACAGGUACGAGGUGAACCCGACGUACAUUGAGCGUUUGUCCGGCCUGAACUUUAUCGGCAAGGACGAGACGGGCGAGCGCAUGGAAGUCAUCGAGUUGAAGGACCACCCUUUCUUCGUCGGAGUCCAGUUCCACCCGGAGUACUUGAGUAGGGUGCUCAAGCCCAGCCCGCCGUACCUGGGCUUCGUUGCCGCAAGUGCAGGCGUUCUCGACCAGGUGAUCGCCAACGCCCAGUCCAAGUAA